UUCGUAAUGUUUGUCCAUCGCUGCUGAUCCCACGCUGGCAGCAGAGAGGAGCAGGGUAUAAAAGCGGGCGAGAGCCCGAGCACAUCAGUCUGGUCCAAGAUGGCCAAGCUCACUCUGCUCACCGGCCUGGCGCUGCUGCUGAACGCCCAGCUCGGCACUGCCUAUGUGCUGACCUGCUACUUCACCAACUGGGCCCAGUACAGGCCCGGUGAGGGGCGAUACACCCCUGAGAACAUCGACCCCAACCUGUGCAGCCACCUGAUCUACGCCUUUGCCGGCAUGAACAACAACGAGAUCACCACCUACGAGUGGAACGACGAGACCCUGUACAAGUCCUUCAACGGCCUCAAGAACCAGAACAGGAACCUGAAGACCCUGCUGGCCAUUGGAGGAUGGAAUUUUGGCACACAGAAGUUCUCCACCAUGGUCUCCACUCCCCAGAACCGCCAGACCUUCAUCAACUCCGUGGUCAGGUUCCUGCGCCAGUACGGAUUCGACGGGCUGGACCUGGACUGGGAAUACCCCGGCUCCAGGGGCAGCCCUGCCCAGGACAAGUCUCUCUUCACCGUGCUGGUUAAGGAGCUGCUGGCAGCCUUCGAGCAGGAAGCCAGGCAGACCAACAGGCCCCGGCUCAUGGUCACCGCCGCUGUGGCCGGAGGGCUUUCCACCAUCCAGUCUGGCUACGAGAUCGCCGAGCUGGGCAAGUACCUGGAUUACAUCCACGUCAUGACCUACGACUUCCACGGGCCCUGGGACGGCUCCACGGGCGAGAACAGCCCCCUGUUCGCCAGCGGCAGCACCCUCAGCGUUGAGUACGCCAUGAACUACUGGAAGAACAACGGCGCCCCAGCUCAGAAGCUCCUGGUGGGAUUCCCAACCUACGGGAAGAGCUUCACCCUGCAGAGCCCCUCCAACACCGCCAUCGGCGCCCCCAGCUCCGGGCCCGGCCCCGCCGGACCCUACACCAGGGAGGCCGGGCUCCUGGCUUACUACGAGAUCUGCACCUUCCUGAGCUCUGGAGCCACCCAGACUUGGGAUGCCCCCGAGGAUGUCCCCUACGCCUACAAGGGCAGCGAGUGGGUCGGCUACGACAACGAGAAGAGCUUUGGCCUCAAGGUGGACUGGCUGAAGAAGAACAACUUUGGAGGAGCCAUGGUGUGGACCAUCGACCUGGAUGACUUCACUGGCACCUUCUGCCACCAGGGCAAAUACCCGCUGAUCUCCACGCUGAAGAGGGGCCUGGGGCUGUGAACGUGCAGCUGCACAGCUCAGUCCUGACGUCCCUGCAGCUGCUGGGGGUGCAGGUGGCAGUGGGAGUGCAGGAGGAGCUGCAGGGCCGGUGACAGAUCCUGAUCCCAAUCCUGAUCCCGAUCCUGAUCCCUAUCCUGAUCCUGGAUCCUGGAUCC